AUGACGGACCACAAUGACAGCGGCAGCCGGCAGGGUCUGCAGCUUGGCUUCGUCCCCAUCAACCAAGCAAAUUCACCUCCUGAAUCUAAACGACGCCGCGCGUACUUAUCUUGCGAACGAUGUCGUAAGCGCAAAACUCGCUGCGAGCCAGCAUCGGAUCAGAAGCGGCCGUGUAAGCGAUGCUCGGCCGACAAUCAGCCUUGCGAGUUCAGAGCAUCGCGACGCACCAAAAGAAGGCUGUCGCUUCCAGGCGAAGACACCGAGUCAGUGUCGCGUCACAAUCACACGGGCACCGACGUCGACAUUCUAGCUUCAAUACCACUCGAGUCUCGAGAUGCCCCGGUUCGUCCUCUCAAUGCGAGGGAAUACAUGGAUGACAUACCUAUCGCCGACUCUUCCCAAGAACCAAGGUCUCCAACCGCCCUCGACGCAAGAGCACGGAUUAUUUCUACGCAUAUAAAUAAUGCAUCAGAUGCCCUUGACCUUCUCACAUUUGCUGCGAGCGGUACCCAUGCCUACAACAACCCUUCUGCCACGCCGAGCCGCGAAAGCCAAGUUCCAUCUAUUACCUCUCCGACUGUUGCCUCAGAUGUAGCCCUCAGUCUGGACAGAGCGUGGAAAGGCUUCUCCCUUAUUAAAAAGGGGAUAGUAUUGCAACAAGAAGUGAUGGACUACCUAGGCUUCUUCUUUGAUCAGUUAUGGCCUCUAAAGCCAGUUGUACCGUCUUACUACCGCAACCAGGCCAAUUAUGGUCAGCUUGUUACUGAGGAGCCUCUUUUAGUGGUCUGUCUCGUCACGCUCUCCUCGAGAUAUUUUCCACUGCCUGGAGACCAUGGCGAGAUUAGGUCAGAGCGUAUACACUGGCAAGCGUGGAGGAUCCUGCAGCGUUCCCUCCAGUCCGUCAUGUGGGGGUCUACGACGACGCGUUCUCUCGGCGCGAUAGCGUCGAUGCUGCUUCUGAUUGACUGGCAUGUGAAGGCCAUAAAUAAUCCAUCUGACUUCACAGAGGGGGAAGACGAAUCUCAUGAACAAGUCGAUAGUCAUGGCUUCAAGCCUUCGUCCAACAACACAGACUCACUUACUGGACAGCGACGGUAUGGGAUGGUAUCACUGAUGGAGAGGCUAAACAUAGUAUCACCGGCAUACCGAAGCAACAAGAUGUCAUGGAGUCUUCUUUCAAACGCCAUUGCUUUAGCACACGAAGGCUGCUGUUUCCAGAACGAAUCCUCUAGACCCAGACUUACAUCCUCCAAUCUGGACUCUAUCAGACAAGAGUGGAAUAGUCUUCUCUGUGUUUUCAUAUACCUCGCUGAUGAAGGUCUCGCAACUCGACUUGGCCUAGAGCCCUUGUUGCCGGACAGGUCGAGACAAAUAGUCAAAGACCGAUUCGCAACGACAUUCACUGAGUCUUUACCGAACAGUCACCUCUGGGAAGGCUAUUUUGAACUCUCCAUAGAGACUCGAAAGGGGAGAGAUUUCCUGCUCUCAUUAAAAUCCAGAGAUGGGUCUUUUUCUGACUUAGAUCUCGUGCCUCAUUUGGAACGUUUACGAAGAGCCCUGCAUCGCUGGAGACGACAGUACUAUGAUCAAGAUGAUGUCAAUUCUUUAUUGAGUGCCUGUCUUCUCAUUGAGUUUUACUACAUAAACCUGUUCUGCUUCGCUCCGGCAGCUCAAGCCGUCCAAACUGGUUCCACCUCCCUGCCACAAGAAACGCUUCAAGCCUUAUCUGAGUUCGAGGAUCAAGCAACACAGGCCAGCCACGCACUUCUAUCUAUAGUCGUGGAUUUUCUGAAACCUUCAGGACUCAUCAAGUAUCUCCCAGUCAGAUGUUGGCUAUUCAUCGUUGCUGCAAGCCUUCAUCUACUCAAGGCAACUCUUACAAAAACCAAGGAUAUAAAUCGAGCACAUCCAAACAUCUAUCUUCUACACCGCGUAAUCAAUGCAGUCCACAAUGGCUCCCCAGAUGACUCGCAUAUGGCAAUCCGAUAUGCCAAGUUUCUGGGCAUUAUGGUACAGAUAGCCGUUCCUGCCCCGUCGAGAAGUCCCACUAUGGCACCAAGAGCAAGAAAUGGAGAAGUCAGUAUUGGUGCUGAAAAUCGGGUAGAGGACGACAACGGGCAAGUUGCCUAUCCUUGCUCGUUUUGUGAUAUAGCAGUUGAGGGAGUAAGUGACUGGAAUGCUCUUCUGGGCUUAGACUUGGCUCCAGAUCUUUUCAUGUGGUGGGAGUCUAUGCAUAGCUAG